GUGUUGCGAACAAUGGCCCAGAUCAAACCAAAAUACUGCAUCAUUGGUGCAGGAGCAGGCGGAUUGGCCAGCGCUAGACACGCGCUGGAUGCUAGCGCCGAGGUGACAGUAUUUGAGCAGACUAAUCAAAUCGGAGGAACGUGGGUCUACACUGACCGGACGGGAAGAGACGCUAAUGCGUUACCAAUCCAUACCAGCAUGUACCGUGGGUUACGCUCGAAUAUUCCGAAGCAAACCAUGGGCUUUCCGGACUCGGACAUCCAAUCGGAGUUUUCCUAUGUGAAACAGGAGGAAGUGCUAAAAUGGUUGCUUGGUUAUGCCGAUGAGCACGAAAUUUGGAAGUUUAUCAAAUUGGAACAUCAAGUGAUUCGAGUUUGCCCACAGGUAGGCGAUCACCAGUGGGAGGUUAUCGUGAAGGACUUACGUAACGAAACGUUUGAAACGUUUGAGUUUGAUUUUAUCAUGGUAUGCAAUGGACAUUACUCUUUUCCGAGGAUUCCUGAGUAUUCGGGUCAAGCUGACUUCGAGGGAGUACAAAUGCACAGUCAUGAUUAUCGAAGUGAGGAUAACUUCAAAGGGGAAGACGUGCUUUUGAUUGGUGCCGGUUACAGUGCUUCUGAUAUCGCAAUUGCCACCUCCAAGGUGGCAAACAGCGUGACUGUCAGCCAUCACAAACCGGAGCAAGUUAACUUCGCUCCCUUGGUUCGAGUCAAACCGGCCAUCUCCCGGUUAACAUCUUCGAGUGUGAUUUUUGAGGAUGGUUCGGAGAGCAAAUUCUCGGUGAUUAUAUACUGUACCGGGUAUAAAUAUUCAUUCCCUUUUCUAAGCGUAGACUGUGGAAUUACCGUUGAGGAAAAUCAUGUGCAGCCUCUGUACAAACAUCUGAUCAAUAUUAAGUACCCUUCGAUGGCGCUCGUAGGAAUUCCAUUUUACGUUUGCCCAACUCAGAUGAUGGAUUUACAGGCUAGGUUUUGUGUGCAAUUUUUCACCGGAAGAAGUACUUUUCCCUCCCCGCAGGAAAUGCUAAACGAUUUGGCAGCGGAUGUAAAGGAACGUCAACGACGGGGACUGCCGAAGAAAUCGAUGCACAAAUUGGAGGGUGAUUUGCAGGCCAAGUAUUACGAUGAUCUCGCACGGACAGCGGGUGUUAAGCCGCUAAAGCCAAUCGUAAUGAAACUGUUCGAAGAGUGCAUGAGACGACGGGCUGAAGAUCUGAUGCACUAUCGGGACGACAUUUUCGAGGUCAUCGGGGAUGAAGAUUUCAGGCUGCUGGCUUGCUAGGUAUAAGAAGUAUAAUGAAACCAGUGCUGAUAAAAGUCAUUUUCCCCAGCAAAAUUCUUCGAAAAUUACAACCAAUCAGUUUCAAUUUUCACUUCUUUUUCACUAGAUAUUCGUUCUAGUAACGUGCUGUUAUACUCAGAUGAAAUCGAUCGCGCGCAUCGUUCACGGUUACGGAAUAAAAUUUGACGACAAAUCCAACCAAAUGAUCUUCACUUCAAAGCGAAAAAAAAAAAAACAAACAGUCCACUCAACCAAAAUGAACCCCACCGAAACACUUUUUCACUGACACUGACCGAUGCCUUGACAAUCUUCGUUAACUGAUAAACUGAUUUUGUUGUCUUGCUUUCAUCGCAUGAAAUAUAAUGAGGUGUUUUGACAGUUCACUUCCAUGCAAAAAGCGGGAAGGGAGAACUCUGAAAGGAUUGUAAAAAAAUAACGUUUAUGGAUGCUUUUUUUCACUUUCACUCAAGAGUGUCAACAAAUAUCAACCCUGAAUGAAACUAGUUGAAAUGUCACGAAAAUAUAUGAAUACACGGUUAUAGCGAAUGAGUUUUCAGGAUACAUUCAUUAUUGACCGGUGACCGACGUAUCUCCC